AAUGAAUGUAGAAAUGUUUGUUCUAAUGGUCAUUCUAAUAAUGUUUUCUGUCUGUUACAGAUACAAGACAGCUUUACAAAAAAAGGCACUUUUGAGAGCCAUUCUGUCACAUUUUUUCUGUUUCUCUGUUUCUCACUGUCUCUUUCUUGUUUCUCUCUCACACACACCCACACUCUCACACACAUUCACUCACUCAUACUCUCUUUCUUUCAUUAUUGAAUUAUUUCAUACAGUAAGUAUCCCAAUUUGUUUAUUUUCUACAAAGCACAAGUUUAGAUAUAUUAAAGAUAGUUUUGUAUUUUGUUUCAUUAUAAUGAUAUAUGAUUAGCAUAUUUGAUGUAGGAACAGCAAGUCACAUAGUGUAAUACUAGAGACCCUGGAUUGGUCACACAUAUCAGUCGCAACAUAGCUGAAAUUUUGUUUAUUACAUGAUAAUUGUAAGAUAAUUGAAGUGGAAAGACUGAAAGUGUUUUACGGAAAUCUUCAAAACUCUUGACAGUUAAGGAAUUUGUAUUUUUCUUGUUUAUGGUUUACAGGAUAACAAAAGCAUGGCUGGUGGAGGGUUGAAGAAGUCGUGCCCUACAUGCCAGGAAAAAAUAUUUAAUGGAUGUAAGGUCUGCCCCAUGUGCAAGACAGCACAGCCGCAACAUCUAAGGCUGAAAAAGAAAAUUGAAAAAUUCAAGAUGGAAAAGGAGUCUUGGGUGGCUAAGAAAAAGAAAAAUCAAAUAACAUCUCAUUUAAUGGAUGAUGCCGUGAUUUUGAUUGAGAAACUGAAUGCAGUGGGCUGGAGGCCCAUGCUUUUUCUUGAGUACCACAACAAGGAGGUCAAGAUGCUGCUGCCAGAGGGGCUCGAAUUAAGUUCGGGAGAGAAUAUAUGUCUUAAUAACAUGAAUGCAAUCUACAGCAUGAUAGUUCAAGGAAAGAGAGUGCCAGCAGACCCUUCUAGCAACCAGGCCUCAACCAGUAAUCUGCAACUGGGUCCAGAAGAGGAGACCAUUGUUGUUUUAAAUUUAGAGUCCAUUCAAGACCCUCCACCACAACAAGAGGAGGCUCUACUGUCAACCAGCCCUGCCACCAACACCACCGAGGGGGCACAGACUGAGACAGAGGAGGCUCUUCUGUCAACCAUCCCUGCCACCAACACCAACGAGGGGGCACAGACUGAGACAGAGGAGGCUCUUCUGUCAACCAUCCCUGCCACCAACACCAACGAGGGGGCACAGACUGAGACAGAGGAGGCUCUUCUGUCAACCAGCCCUGCCACCAACACCAACGAGGGGCUAAAAAAGGACAAAACCCCCAAAAGACGCCAAAGGACAAAAGGUGUACCUAAUCAACUCCAAGCUGAUAUUCUGCCAUAUUUCAUUUUACA